CAGCUGAGAAAUAUAAAUCAGUUGCAUUAGGUCGUAAUCAACCCCUGAAAAAAGAGAAACCAAAAUGGAAAAGUGAUUAUCCGAUGACAGAUGGUCAGCUGCGCAGCAAGAGAGAUGAAUUUUGGGAUACAGCACCUGCUUUUGAAGGCCGCAAAGAAAUCUGGGAUGCCCUGAAGGCUGCAGCACAUGCAUUUGAGAACAAUGAUCAUGAACUGGCACAAGCUAUAAUUGAUGGUGCAAGCAUAACGUUACCCCAUGGUUCUCUUACAGAGUGUUACGACGAACUGGGAAACAGAUACCAGCUUCCUGUCUACUGCCUUUCCCCACCCAUCAACAUGAUAGAAGAGAAGGGUGACCUAGAGACUCUGGAUAUUCCUGAUCCACCACCAAAUUCCGGUCAUGAAUGCCAGCUUCGUUUACGCCUUUCAACAGGAAAAGACCUCAAACUUGUGGUUCGCAGUAUGGACACUGUAUAUCACAUGAAGAGAAGGCUACACACAGUGGAGGGUGUGGAGCCUAGCAGUCAGCGGUGGUUUUUCUCAGGCAGGCCACUUGCAGACAAAAUGAAACUGGAGGAGCUUAAAAUACCAAGGGACUAUGUGGUACAAGUCAUUGUAAGCCAGCCCUUAACAAACCCCAUCCCAGUGGAGAACUGACUUUGUCUGUACUGUACUCCUCUCUUUUUUUUCUCUCAUGUUUCUAUGAUGCGGGAACUUUUUCACAUUUUUCAUUCUCCCCUGUUAAUGGAUUGGUUCCAGGCAAUGACCAGAAGAAAUUCCAUCUGUGAUGGAGCUGUAGGGAAAUGCAUGUGUGCGCACGCACACACAUACAUGCAUGCGCACGCACAUGCGCACACACAUGCACACACACAUACUCCUAUCACUGGAGACUGCUCCCAGUUUAGUAUUUCUUAACACCACAGUAAGAAACUGUUUACAAAGUAAAAGGGGAAAUGAGUGUCAGAGAGUAAGUUCACAGUUUAAAGAAGGUUACAUUUAAAAAGUACUUCGAAUUGUAAGUGAGGUAUUGAAGGGGCAAAGCACUUCUUAAAGAAAGCAAACAAAUAUGAAGUAUUUCAUGAAUCCUCAUCACAUAUAGUUCAGCCUACCCCACAGGGUAGCUGCUCUGGUAAAUCUAGUGUGCUGAUAGGAAUUACUCUUACUAUGGUUUCAUGUAACUGAUUCAAUAAGGCUGCUUCGUAAGAAAGGGCAGUGAGUCUAGGAGAGUCUUUGAGGUGACCUGUGAUAGUUGUCUAGUUUAUCCCAAACUUCAGUUUUGAAAACAGGUCUUGGUACAUUCCAAAUUAGCCACUGUUUUCCCACUGCUGGGUUCAGCACAGGGGUAAAUACUGACUUUUGAGAAUAUAGGCAAUAAUUUAAUAAAUAAAUGGGAUUUCUUGUACACUGUGAAGCCACAGGCUGCAAACAAAUUUGUCCUUCUGACUACUGGGUAUAGAAAGGGGGCCUACCAAAUUAUUACAUACACUACAUCUAGUUGAAAAGUGAAUUACUGGAGGAGCACCAGCAUCAGAAAUAAAACAGGCACAGGAUCUCUUGCACUGAUUAUUACUAGCGUGUAAUGUUUUAAUCCCCUUUUUCAGUAGCUGUGAACAAAUUACAGGAUAAUAGUGCCAGAAGUUUCUGAUGCUAUACUUUUUGGUAAGUUAAGGGUUUGCAGCUUGCGUAAUAAUAUAUUGCUGUUCCUUCCUAUUUUAAAAAAUAUAAAUUUACUUGCCAUAGCUGGGCUCAAAGGUAUCUUUUUCAGUUAAUGUAGAGAGAGAGGUGUAUGCUUAAAUUUGAGGAACUGAGGCUAUCAAAACAGUGUGGAUCAUUUAAAAAGAACUAUGCCUAUUUCUUAUUUGGAGUCCCUAAGCUUUCGGUUACCAUUGGUUCUGUCUCUUGUUUUUAAUGUGGUUAUACUGUUACCAUCACUAUUCUCGAUAUUACACAGCAUUUUUUUCUUGCAUCCUUCUGACUGCUCAUCAAGCCUCCUUACAUGUGGCUCUUCAAAUUUAUUUUGAUCUGUGCGUGAAACUGCUAUACUGACAGUUCAAUCCAGGGUGGGUAUCUUCUGUUGAAAGCGGCAGUUCUUUGGUGAUGUCUAGCUAACCAGUGUUAGUUUAAUUAUCUUUCUAUGUUAAGUGGGUAUAAAAUAGUGAAAUCUUGAGUAGGAUCAGAUGGUGGAACAGCACUUUCCAGCAGAAGGAGGGGGGGUCAUCUUCCUGUUUCUAUGCUAAACCCUGGACACCUGCAAAACUGUCUCUGAAGGGCUGAGAAACUCAAUGAAGUUUCACUACAGGCAGGAUUUAUAAGGUGAGGCUUUUUAAAGAGAAUAUAUGAUGGCUUGAUCCCCUCAGGGUUUGUUUUGGGUUUUGUUUUUGCUUAUUGUGGGGGCAGGUUGGGAACUAGGCUUCAGAUUUGGAAUCACUUGCCAUAUGGACAUGAAUGUAUCAUUACAGGUCAUAACCAAAGUAGUUUUUAAGGUAGUGUCUACUACUGUCUGAUCUUUCUGUGAAGUUUUGGAGCCUGAAAGUAAUCAAGAUGCCUUGAGAGCACUUUACUGCAAACGAAUGCCUUUUCUUUUUCAGCUAUUUAGUAAGCUUCCCCAUUUCUCUUGGUAACUAUACUCACUGGUUCUUGCAAUUCAGAGCAGGCACUUCAUAGAUGAUACUCAGUAUGAUGCAGAACAUGAAUUGGGCACUAAGAUUAUUUAUUAAAGUGUUGAUUGGGAUAGUUAAAGCAAAAUUUAAAUGUAUUUUGAAUGUUCUCCCACAUAUUGAAAGGAAGAGGCAUACUGACAUGCUGCACAAAACUUUGAGAACUGUCUUUCUUAGAAAGGCUUUUACAUUUUUGUCAAUUCACUUGGUACUGGUACAUUUUUUUAGUCUUUCUUAUCAAGGAAUAUAAAGGAUAUUUUGUGCAAACAAUUAAAAGAAAAAUUCUUGCAAAGCAAAAGGGGUUUUAUUCCCUCCCCUCUUCCUAAGACUCUUAAGAAAAGGCACAAAAAUAAUUGCAGUUGUCAAGAAUUAAUCAAGCUGUAAAUGGGCUAGUAAGUUUUUAACUACUGUUUUCAAGCCAUAUUUUUUAUAUCAGAGGGAAUUCCAGAUUUCAGGAGUGAGAGCUCAGUACAAAGCAUGGCUCUCCGUAAUUUUCUUUUCUAGGAGGCACAGGUCAGGCAGUAACUGUCAUUAGUGUUCAUUCACCCACCAAGAAGAACAGACAAGGUGUGUAUGAAUGAGUGGUGGCAGCUGCUCUCUGCCAUUCUUGCCACUGGCUCAUCCAUGCUAGUGGACAGGUAAGCAGUAACAGUAAGGAGCAUCUACAGCUGCUUCUCCUCUUCUUUGUAGAAAAUAAGGUUUACCCUGUUGACCUCUACUGCCCAGAUCAAGUGGCGAGGUCCAGUGACAGUGAUGGUAGCUGUUGUGACUCCUUACAGGGUGGAUCUUGGGGCCACAGCAUUUUAAUAAUUGAGGAACUUUAACAGCUGGAAAUUGCUCUGCAGGAUCAGGAAGAGUAACUAGAGGACGUCUGAAUAGCUCCUCCCUUUUUUAGCACUAACCAGAGCUCAGUUUCAUGAAUACACUGCAAAUCUGUUUAUGACAGAGUUGAGCUUAUUUUUUAAAAAAGGAAAAUAUUAUCAUUAUCUACUGUUCUAAAGAUUUACACAUCUUCCUCUUCCUAUUUAUUUCUGUAGGAAUAAAGGUAUAGUUUUAAAUUACACUCUAUAAAGAGGUGACAGCCAAAGGGCCAGAUACUUCUGCCCUAGUAAAUGAGGGAGUUCCGCUCCCAGUCCUGCAAUUAGAUAGGAAUAGUUUGAAAAGAAACUUGGAUUAUCCUUAGGGUUAGAAUGAAAAGAAAAACUUGAUUAUCAGUAAGAAAGGACCUUGCACAUAAAUCUGUGAGCAUGAUGAGAAACUGAUAUUCCUUCUUCUUGCAUGGAUGGGUAGGUACUCAAGAACUGCUGCCCUUUCAUAAGGAAUGUGGCCAUUUUCUCAUCUCUGGAAGCUUUGACUCUUACAAACAAAUAUCUCCUCAGGUAUCAUGAGUAGUUCAGUCUUUGAGAAGGAACUACUGUAUACAUGUCUCAGAACAAAACUUCUUACUUCCUCCAUCCCUGCUCUACAAAGCUUUUGAGGAAAAAAUUGAUUGUCAUCUAUGAAUAGAUCUAAAUUUAUGCAUCCCUCACCACACAGCAGUUUGUCAAUAUGAAUGGAUUCUGGGUGACCUACUACCAGCUACCCCUCAUCCUGGAGUAGAAGCGUUUCCUCCCUCAUUUUCUAUUCAUCUGUCCUCUCCCUCUCUCCCUAACAUAAAGAAGGCUGUAUUAGAGCGGCAAAACAUUUGACUUUGAACUGUCACAAGCCAACAAGCAAACAGUUGCAGAACAGUUUUCAUAACGGUCAUGGUGAAUUUGCAUGUCACUUCUGAUUAACAUUUUCCCUUUUACUAGUGAAUUGCAUCUGCAAACAUGGUGGUGACAGGUCUGUUUAGCAGGGAACUUUAGUGUUCACACUUGUUAUUGCAAAAGUGUCACUAAUAUGUGGCCCAGAAGUAAAGGGUCAUUGGUAAUCUGCUUCUCCUAGAAUAGCCAGAAAGGCAAAAUAAUCAUUGGACUGUUUAUACUGCAUUGUGUAAAAAGAAGAUUGAAUGAAUGAGUGAGUGAGUGAGUGGGAGAAAAAUAGUAUCCACCAUAUUUUGCUCUGUUUAGGAGAGGAAAGAGAGUUUCAUCCAGUGCAUUAGUAACAUAAGCAUCACACAUUUACUAAGCAACAGUUAAUGAGAUUUUUUAAAAUGUUGAUAUUAAAGCAUCUGGUUUGAUUCGAAGAGCAGUGAUUUUUGAGCAAUUUUUUUAGUACUAAAACUUAGUUUCAACAGUAUCUUGAUGGGCAUGGAUAAUGGUCCUUGCUUUUCUUAAUACUGUAAUGUCACAAUUCAUUUUACAAAAAACAGGCAGGAAUUCAUGCUGAUGACAGAGCAAUGAUCAACUGUGACAGAAUGUUUGCUAAAACAUGCAGAUAAAGUCACUGACAAGACAAGGAAAUGGUCCUUCACACUAAGUGCAUUAAUCCUUGGAGAGAAAAAUACCACUAUAGAAACAUAUCAGUAGAUUCAUGCAGUGCUGUACUAUUUAAGAAAUGAUUUUAGGAUUGAAAGCUUCUAGCAAUUUGGGUCUGUUGUAAAUUUGUGUGUUUGGGUUAUGCAUAUCAAAUACAUGAUACUGUCUCAUCUAACAUAAGGUUUUCUUUACAUGAUUGUGUCUGACUAGGUCAUAUUUACUAAAGACUAUCUAGAGCUCUCUUUGGGAUGGUUUCUUCAACUAUCUGGCAAUAAUCAUUUUUGACAAACUUCACUUGCAGCCUUUUCUGAAGUGUAUUUAAAAGAAAAACAGGUUGUACCUAUCAGUGUAUAGGUGGUGUAAAGAAAUACUAUGAAUGGGAGAUACUGAAUGGGAAUUUAAGAACAACCUACGUUGUCAACAUUUUAUUUCAGAACCAGGGGAUAUUAAGCUACAAGACUUGCAACCUCACCGAUUUGGCUAAUUGUUAUGUGUCCUAGGUAACCCAGCUGGUUUUAAAAUAAUUCCUUGUCCAAGAAGUAGUCUUAAUUUGGCCAUUCUGGUCUGCCAUUCUUUUUCCUCUACUUCAGUGCUUCCCAACCUUGGGUACUCCGAUGUUCUUGAACUACAACUCCCAGAAA